UGGCCCUGGACAUUUCUUUCCUGUGAGAGCUACGGUCAGAAUGGAGGUUUCGGUUUUGAUUUGGAGAAUGGAGAACUGAAAACCUUGGCUACUCAUUCUAACUUUGAAAGCUGUGCUGGAACUUUUUCUCAGUUGAACAAGAUUCUAGACCAAGAAUAGAAGCGUUUUGGUGGCAACAAACCGGAAACCAAGUCAAAGCCAAAUUAAAGCCCAUGAACGAGGAGAUGGGCUAUUUUGAGGAGCAUCGGAGAAUGAAAGCUGUCAUUGAGAAACAUCGAAUGGACUUUUUGAGGAGUUUACCCACCACCGAACUGGCGCAAUCGUUUCCUUUGCCUCCUAGUACUCGUGAACAGAUAAUGAAGACUCUGAAGCAUGAAUCAGCUUUUGAUGCUAAUAUUAUGUUACUGGAUGCCAUAACAACAGUUGAUUAUUUUUGGCUCAAGUUGAUCAAAUUCUUUGACAAAAACAGUUGCUGUGGGGAAUUUAAAAAGAUAAUAGAACAAGAGCACAGGAAGAUUUCAAGGGGUCGUGGUGGCAGACAUCCUGGUACAACCUCAUCUCGUGAUACUGGUACUGGUAGCCCUCAACCUAAGGACAAAAAGGAUCCUGAUACUGGAUUUGGCGACGCUGCAUGCAGGGACCAAGAGGAUAAACUGGCUCAGCUAACAGUAACUUUGAAUACCAGUGAUGAGACCUGUAGCAGCUCUUGCAAUGAAUCUGUUGAGCAGGCAUUUAAUCAUGACGGGGAUCAACUUGGAGAUGCUGUUGCCAGUGGUGACCAAACUGAGGGCGAAGAGGCUGCAAACAGGUCAAUAAUUGGGCCAAAUAUUUCCUGCUCUCCUGGAGACAAUAACCUUGGAGCUACGAGCUCAGAUGCUGGCCUGCCUGAAGUGAAUGUAUCGAGAGACUAUCAAAGGCCAUCAAGGUUGACAGACAAUUUCAAUUUGGAUCAAGGUCCUAAGAAGAAAAAGUAUAAUGCCAAGAAAGUGCAGUUCUCUGAUAAUAUCCCCAUACGCAAUGAAGGAUUGGCUGGUACUUGCAUAGAGCACAGAGCUGGUCAGUUUGACAGUCAAAAUGAUUCAUCCUCCUUUUUUUAUGAGAGUCAAUAUGUUGAAGGUAUAUUCCCUAGUUCAGAGCUGGAAGGUAAUGUGGCGACAGCUGACACACUAAUUGAGGACUUAAAAACUGCUUUUUGCAAAACUGAUAAAAACCUACAUGAGGGUGUGGAAAAUGUUGGGGCAGAGACGGAUGUAGAUCACGACUCUGAAGAUGCAGAUAACAAUAUGGAUAGUCAUAAUGAAUUAAGACCCAUAAAAACUGCAAUUGUGAAUAUUCCGGAAAACUCAGCUGGUAGUACAGAAUGUGAAACUGAAAUGAAACAAGUGGAGGCUGACUUGGGUGGGACAUCAUUACCUGUGCUGCCAGCUCCUCGUCAAGAGCCUCAUGCUAGUGCUAAUAAUAUAGUAUCCUUUCAAACAUCAGCUUCCCCAGGGCCUCAGAGUGAGGGGAAUUUAUCAGAGAAUGGCAGUCAAGUCAAUGUAAUGGAAAGGUUUGAAAGUAAGGGCUUUACUUCUCUAAACAGCAGUCCUUUCGAUGCUUCCUCUCCUGUAGCUGGAUCCAGCUUUGGGAGAGACAAUCAGUCACAGCAUUUUGCAGGCAAUGUGGGUGAAGACCCAGAUGAGGAAACUGUUACAAAUGUAAUGAACCGUCUGCCAAUUUGUCAUUCAGAAUCUUCUAUAGAUGUUAUAGCUUUAGGCAGUAACCAAGAAAACAUAGUUGAGCUAAAUUCAAUCUCACCGAGAUAUGAAAAUAUGCCUUGUAGACAACCUUUACCCCAAGUUGGACGCAAUAAUAGUGCAAGAGUCCCUGAUAUGGAGACUUCUUUUACAGUAAAUCGCCCAAGUACGUCUUUAGAAACUAUACCUUUAGCCUGUAGCCAAGAAUAUAUAGGUGAGCCGCUGUUGUCCCAAGAUGAGCCUGGUCCACAUCAAAGAGAUGAGAGUAAUGGAGAUGAUUACAAUGGUAAUGAUGGCAAUAUAGAUAGAAGGCGCAAUAAUGACAUGGAAGUGCCUAGAGAACAAGAUUUGAUUAGUAACGACUUAUCUGCAACAAGAAUAAUAAUUCUUGAAAUCUUUAACUGGGUGUAUAGCUCUUGGCAAUCUCUAUAACUUUCCUUUUCAGAAUUAUGUAUAUGGAAAACUAGGCAAAGACUUCUUAUAACUGCUCUACAGGGUGAUGAAAGAAAAAACAACUUUACAACUUGUUUUGUAAUUUAAAUAUCUUCCUCCAUACUGAAGUUUGGCGUUUCAAAUUUAAACACACACGAUAUUUGAAAGCCAAAAGCAAUUUGUCUAAAAUUCAUUUUAGAUAAGUCCAUUGAAUAGUUUUGCUCUAUAUGGCGCAUUAAAAAAGCAACCCAUUUUCAACCUU